AUGUCGUCGGUGAGGAAGAAGAAUCUUAAGGCUGGGCGGGAUCGCCGGCCGUCGCGGCCACCGCUCGGUUUCUUGGACGAGCCACCUCCGGGCCUCUUUCCGUCCAGGGAUGAGGUUUUCAGGGUCUUCAUGGUGGUUGUCCUAGCCGCAUCCGUGGCCGUCGCUUGCCACUUCGUGGCCGGCUUUCGUCGUCGCCAGCAGAGACCCUUCUGCGACAGUGGUGACGAUCCCCAAGGUCAGUUCGUUUACAUAAACUCUCUCUCUCUCUCUCUCUCUCUCUCUCUCUCUCUCUCUCUCUCUCUCUCUCUCUCUCUCACCCUCUCUCUUUCUCUCUCUCUAAGUUGUUCGGUGCUCCAAAAAACUGGGGGAGAUACGGAUCUCUGCUGAUAUAGUGAUGAACCCCUUAAAGUUUUGAGUAGCUACCCAAAGGGAGUUCUCUAGGUAAGGAAAUAUGCAGGGAAAUAAAAUUUUUUUGCCUAUAUUAUUUAGGAACCACUAAUAGGAGGAUGAGUUCAUCACGAAAUACCCUUUGGGAAUGGGAUGACAGCAUUCCACCAGGCUUCGAGUAACCUUGUCCUCCUCAAUGUGGUAAUCGAGUAAGCAUUGCAUAAAAGAGACGACGUUGUCUUACAGUUGAUAUAUUGACACCAUUUAUCCCUUAUAUCGCGUGUCCUUCGAUUUUUCUUGGUUUAAACUCUGAUGAUAACAGUUUUUUAACCUGAAAUAACAUAUUGUAGAUUUUUGUGAGCCUUGUCCUGACCAUGGGGAGUGCAUCAGAGGCAGGUGGGAGUGUCUCCUUGGUUACAAAAAGAAAGGCAGGAGAUGCGUUGAAGAUGGAGAAAUAAAUCAAAAAGUGGAGAGACUCGUAAGUAAAAAAAAAUCCAUGCUGCUUGCAAAGAUCGGUAGUUUGUUGUUGGGUUACUAUCUUGAAUCUUUCUUACAUUGGUUCACAAAAUGCAGACAGAAUUGAUUGAAGAUUACACUUGUGGAGGGUAUGCUCAGGUUCUGUGCUAUGAGACGGGGAUAAUCUGGGUCUGUCACCAUGGCCUUGAUUUUUAAUUUUGACUAUUAUUUCAUAGUAUGGAGCUUUUAGAAAAAAAUUCUGAUUAGAAUCUGCAUUUACGGAGCACGGCUUUCUCUCAGUUUCCAGAAGCAGAUAUAUUGAAAAUGCUUGAUGAGCACAGACUUAAGGAUGCAGGCGGAUUGGAGAACGACACCUGGAUUCUUCUGAACCAAAAAGCUAUAAAAGCUGCUGAAAGCUCCCUAGAGAUAAGGAUUUCAUUUGAUGGGUAUCCCCUUCUUCUAUCUUAUUUACAUUGCCAGUUUAUCAGACCAUCAGUGUACAGACAGUACGCCAACACUCUUCAUUUUAACCCCAAUUGUUUCCUUAAAGGAAGUUCUAAAUCUCCAUUUCCCUUUUAAUAUUAAGAACGAAGGACGUGAAGUGUCCAGAUUCUCUUGUGGAGCUCCACAAGCCAUAUUCUUGCCAGAUUCGACAGUGGAUCCGCAAAAAUGCCUUGCUUUUGGCUCCAGUUUCGUUUUUGGUACGCUAGCAUAUGACAAAACGCCAAGCACGUUGUCUCUGUGUCUUUGGGUGUUCCUUUUCUUCGUUUUGCUGAUCACAUGUCUGAAAGAAAAUAUUAAUUUUCAGUUUAAUUGUCUUUUGGAUUCAGAUAACUGGAUCAAUUUGGCUUUCAUUGAGGAUACGGCGAAAGAAAUAUAUCUCAUCCAGAGCUGAACAGCUUUAUGAGCAGGUAUAAUUUGUUUCCUGCAGUCAUCUAUUCUGUUUUUUUUUUUUUCCUCCUCUGUGGGGUGGGGGAAGUGUUUAGCAUCAAUCAAUAUAGACCACAAUAAUUAGUUAUUUCGCAAUGCUUCUUACUAUUGUUUCCUGAGUCCGUUUAUAGGUGAUCCAUCCCUUGCAAACUUGGCCUUUUUAGUAUGCAACCCACCCAUAUCUUCCUAUACUGUGGCUUUUGCCCUCAACUAAAGCUUUCUUCUGCUAUGGAUUUGGGUUACAACCUUAGUAUUUUCAUUUACUACCCUCAUGGGGAAGGGUCCAAAGUCACUUGAAUCCUCAUUUUGAUGAGCUUUCAAUUGAUACAUAUUACGUAGGAGCCCUAGCUGAAACUUCGUUAGGAAGAAGCCUCUUGCAGGAGGAAUAAACUCCAAAGAUAACUAGAGCUUGCUUCGAAUUCAGCUUUGGACGACUCCGGUGCCUCUCAGUUAUUUAUCAAUGCGUCCUAUUUUAGGAGAUCCAUCCCUUGGAAACUUGGAGACAAUAACUAAGGCAUUUAGAACAUCUAAGAAACGAGCCCAUUGAAUAUCUAUUCCAAGAUUUCAACUCUAGUUAUUAUACUUGAAUGUUAUUGUCCUUGAUACACCAAAGAUUGUGAAACCCUAGAAAAAGGGUGUCUACACUUUCAGUCGGGUCCUCAUUAUUGAGGGAGAGACAUCUAUGUACAGAAUUCCCUUGUGCAACAUACAAUCGUGCACAUAUUUUCUAUCCUUAUUUGGUUUCAAGUAUAUUUUUUUAUUCGAAUUUUUAAGUCAUAUUCCCGCAAAAUAGGUAUGUGAAAUCCUGAGAGAGAGUGCGUUGACUGCAAAGAGCAUACACUCUGGAGUUGAACCUUGGGUUGGCUUCUCUUGGCUCCGUGAUCAUCUACUUCUGCCUCGAGAAAGGAAAGACCCUGUGUUAUGGAAAAAGGUACAUAACCUCCAAUAUUUUUUAUUUUUAGUUUGAAUCUUAAUUACUGCAACAUACCCUUGUGCAAUCCCCUGUGCACCCAUAUCUUCAUGUGAAAGAAGUACCUACUGUCGAGCUCUUGUCCCCAGUAUUGAUGGCACUUGGUUAGGGUUUCACUUAGGCGCUCGUCAAGAUGAAAGAGGAAGAUGGAAAGAAAGAAGGGACUAGUCAAAGCUUCGUGGGAUGAUUAUAUUUCAUGGUGUUCUUUCAUCUGAAGCUUAUUGUCUGACAUAGGUGGAAGAACUGGUUCUAGAAGAUUCUCGGAUAGACCAAUACCCGAAGAUGAUCAAGGGUGAGCAGAAAGUUGUGCUAGAAUGGCAAGGUGCGAAGAACUUAAACUGCUUCAAUCUUUUGAGGUACUUCCUUCUGAAGAGCUUCUUUAUUUUUUGGCAUAUCAGUUGAAGGUUACCUGAGCUCGGAGAGGACGACCAAAGCAGCAGCAAACCGGGCAAAGGUCCCCAAGGUAAAGGACCUUCAUGAGUCAGCCCUGCAAGAGAAACAGGAACCUAACCUGGCACUGAGUGCAUCAUAG